CCAUAAUUCAUUACAGCAGGGGUCAGGUUAGCUCUUCUUUAUUUUAUCCAUCCUUUUAUUCAACACAAACCAAAAGUCACUCUGCAGUGUGUGUAAAAUAACUUCCAUCAGUUCAAGUUUUAUUUGAUAUUACUUUCAUUAAAGUCUCAUUCAGUCAGUCUCCCCUUCCUGAUCCAUCAUGUGUCACAGCUUCUCGACACAUUCUGAAAACUCUUGUUGGGACUGCUGAAAUCACAGAGAAUAUCAGUGAGCGAAGAAAACUGUUGAAACAAGUGCAUUAGAGCUGGAAAUGAUCUCACCCUGUGCACAGGCACAGGUCUGACUUUUAUCCUUACUCUUUAUGAAAUCAGAUAUGUCAGACGCAGCGGGUGAAGUGAGUGGAGUUAAGAUGGCUGCUGGGUGUUUCUUCAUUUGUUCACUUGCUGCACUCUCUGCCUUCACUAAUCCAAGGAGAGCAAUUGAUGGCAUUAGUGGCUCUCUCCUGUCAAUGGAGCAGGGCGAGGCUCUGCGCAUGCUCCGUGCGGUUCUUUUAUGGGAAAGAGGCUCGCAAGUGGUCCCUCCCCUCCCGUCUUGUCUGACUCCGUCUGGGAAGGAACGGUUUUGGUGCAUCGGCGGAGACCGGGAGGCUGCCAGGACGCGAUCCGGAGUUAAGAGAUAGUUUGAUUCUUUACGAUUUGUGGCCUCCCCCAAAGGGACCGACUGCGACCACCCUCCUCCCACUCCGGUUUCUUCCUCUUCAUCGCCAUCCUCGUUUUAACCCGGCGAGCAGCAGUAAUCCGUUGCAUUGAUUGCGGUCCACGGCGCAGCGCAAGACGAACCACCGGUGAAGAUGUCUGGUUACCAGGGCAAAAAGAACAUCCCCCGCAUCACAAGUGACCGUCUCCUGAUUAAAGGAGGGAAAAUCGUGAACGAUGACCAGUCCUUCUGUGCUGACAUCUAUAUGGAGGAUGGAGUCAUCAAACAAAUUGGGGAAAAUCUCAUCGUGCCCGGCGGGGUAAAAACCAUCGAUGCCCAUGGCCGCAUGUUGAUGCCUGGCGGCAUCGAUGUGCACACGCGUUUCCAGAUGCCUGAUCGAGGUAUGAUGUCCGCUGAUGACUUCUACCAGGGCACCAAGGCCGCACUGGCUGGAGGCACCACCAUGAUCAUUGACCAUGUGGUCCCUGAGCCUGGCGUCAGCCUCAUCUCGGCCUUCGAGCAGUGGCGCGAAUGGGCCGACAGCAAGUCCUGCUGCGACUACUCGCUGCACAUCGACAUCACCGAGUGGCACAAGGGCAUCCAGGAGGAGAUGGAGGCGCUCGUGAAGGAUCAUGGGGUCAACUCUUUCCUCGUCUACCUGGCUUACAAGGAUAUUUUCCAGCUUACCGACGCUCAGGUGUAUGAAGUGUUCAGCGUGAUCCGUGAUCUGGGAGCCAUCGCCCAGGUACACGCUGAGAACGGAGACAUUGUGGCUGAGGAGCAGCGUAAGAUCUUGGAGCAGGGAAUCACCGGACCUGAGGGACACGUGUUGAGCCGUCCUGAGGAGGUGGAGGCCGAGGCUGUAAACCGCUCUGUGACUGUGGCCAAUCAGACCAACUGCCCUCUCUAUGUCACCAAGGUGAUGAGCAAGAGUGCUGCCGAUGUCAUCGCUCAGGCCAGGAAGAAGGGCACUGUGGUCUAUGGAGAGCCAAUCACUGCAAGCCUGGGAACAGACGGUUCUCACUACUGGAGCAAGAACUGGGCCAAGGCGGCUGCCUAUGUCACCUCACCUCCUCUGAGCCCUGACCCAACCACACCAGACUAUCUCAACUCCCUGCUGUCCUGCGGUGACCUGCAGGUGACAGGAAGUGCACACUGUCCCUUCAACACUGCCCAGCGUGCCGUGGGCAAAGAUGACUUCAGCCUGAUUCCUGAAGGUGUCAAUGGCACCGAGGAGAGGAUGUCUGUCAUCUGGGAUAAGUGUGUGGUGACGGGUAAGAUGGACGAAAACCAGUUUGUGGCAGUGACCAGCACCAACGCCGCAAAGAUCUUCAACCUGUACCCCCGCAAGGGUCGCAUCGCCGUGGGUUCAGACGCCGACCUGGUGUUGUGGGACCCAGACUUGACGAAGAUCAUCUCCGCCAAGAGCCACAUCUCGGCUGUGGAGUACAACAUCUUUGAAGGUACGGAGGUGCGCGGCGGGCCUCUGGUGGUGAUCAGCCAGGGCAAGAUCGUCUUGGAGGAAGGGAACCUCCACACCACUGAGGGCUCGGGACGCUACGUGGCCCGAAAACCAUUCCCGGACUACGUCUACAAGAGGAUAAAAGCUCGCAGCAGGCUGGCUGAGCUCAGGGGUGUACCCAGAGGACUGUAUGAUGGUCCGGUCUGCGAGGUGUCAGUCACACCUAAAACCAUGACUCCUGCCUCCUCUGCCAAGACCUCACCUGCCAAGCAGCCCAACCAGCCUGUCCGUAACCUGCAUCAGUCUGGAUUCAGCCUAUCUGGUGCUCAGGUUGACGACAACAUUCCUCGUCGGAACACCCAGCGCAUCGUGGCGCCACCAGGCGGCAGGGCCAACAUCACCAGCCUGGGUUAGAGCUCCAUCCUCAGCCGCUGAGGAGGAAACAAAGAACCGAGGAAGGACGGCCCACGGGAGCUGAGGGGGUCGAGAAACCGCAUAACGACAUCUGGAGCCGAACCCGUCACACCAGCGCCUGAACGGGCCAUCCGUCUGCCUCGAUCUUUCACCUCCUCCUUCGCUGCUUUUCACGUACCCACUCUCCUCCUCCCCAAACCCUGAUCCUAGAGGACACAGUUAGAAACAAAAACAAACAAAAAAAAAAGGUCUGCCUCAUAUGAUGAAAAAAAGAGAAAAAAAUGAAAACACUCCUUAUUUGAGCACUUUUGACUGCAUUGUUUUGUUUUUUUAUACCGUACUUUCUCCCUGCCAUGUAUCCUUUUGAUGUUUGUUUUACUGUUAUUUUAAUAGAGGGGUGAUGUGAGACUAAACUGAAUUGAUAGAGUUAAGAAAAGAGGAUCAUUUUCAUGCAGGAUGUCCAUCGUAUUUUCAUUCUUUCUUUUCAUUUUGGGAGUAGUCUAAAUGGAGCAUGGGUACAAAAACCAGUAUUGUUAUUCCUGCUUUUCUUAAACAGGCCAAACAGUAGGUUCCUUGAAAUUGAAACAGUCUUACAGUUUAUUCAGCCGACAAGAAUCUAAUACGUCCUUCAGGCUGUUGACUAUGUGGUUUUAUAUUAUGUUGCAUUUCAGUUGCUUCACUUUCCUGUGCUUCGCCGUCUGCCCAAAAAACGCUACUCUCAAUGUCCAACCGAUAAUUCGCUAUGAGGACGGCCUUAAGAUAAAAAAAAAAUUGAACAACACAGCAAACAUUUAUUAGAGUUAUAGACUGCCUGCACUGGCUCUCAUCUCAUGUAUUUCCCCCUUGUGGCUUUGCUAAGGUACAAAAGUUAAAAAACAUAUUCCAUAUUUGGCAGCUGCCUUACAGCUUGUGAGUCUUGUGGAGCAGAAGGAAGUUUGGCAUGUAGUAAACAGAGCUUUAUGUCUCAUCUUUGAGCAUCAGGGCGUCUUUAAGUGUGAGAAUUGUAAGAAGGAUUAAAGGAGAAGAGAGAGAGUUGUAUUCGCUGUCGCUUCAAACCUUUCCUCGCCUUAUUGUCUCUCAAUGCCGUCCCUUUUUUUUUAGAGAGCUCAUACAAGUGCAGGGAAGGUGCCAUUCACGACGCAGCUACAUAUUUUCCAGCUUGUUUGCAUUCCUGUGAAUCAUAAAAGAUCCACUUUUUUUUUUGACAGCUGUUGAAGCACCUGCCCAUCACCAACCAGUGCAUUUACAUACAGAAUGUUUCUUCUCCUCCUCCUCCAAAUGUGACUGUUUUAUACUCAUCAGAAUCCCUCUUUCCUUUCGACUCUUUAUGUGCCUGAACCCACAGAAGUUGUACUGAUAGUUUGAUUUGUUUUUCUCGUUUUGUUGUUCUUUUUGAGGUAAGUGAAGGAUGUAAGAUAAAAAAAAAAGAAAAGUUGUAAAAUAGCCAGGAUUAACCGAUUCAAAGGUGCCAGAUUUUGCGCUUUCUUAGGGCCUAUUCUGUCGGUAGAGCCCCCUGUAAAGACGAAAAAUGCUCGAUAUCUUGAAAUGUUCUAAUGUUUUAGAGUUUUUAACUUGUUGUCAAACUGCUUUUUAGUGUCAUUCUGUAACUAGGUGCCUAAGGGCUGAGCACUAUUGAUUUACGCUUGAAAGUAGACAUGAGCUAAUGUACUUCUGAAUAGUGUGCAGUGUUGAUGUGUGAGGGAUGGGACACGCACAGCAGACACCUUAUUGUUGUGGACGUGAUGUCAAUCUGGGCUGUGUUGAGCGCUCAUAUGUUCUUGUUCUUUUUUUUUCUUUUUUUUUUGCAUGAUCUGGUUUUCAUUAAGCCAAGCAACUGAUUGCCUGUGUUCGAUCUUAUGUCAACGAGGUCUUGGCCACCAUCUGCACCAUUCUGCAGGCGUUUUUUUUUUUUUUUUCUUCCCAAUGACUCAGCAGGGCCAUAACCAGGGGCCAGUUACAUAAAUGUAGAUUAAGAUUAGUCUGUGCUUUAGACUGGCCUUAAAGUCUUUAGACUAGUCUGAUUAAGACCAUCUCAUGCAGAGAGCUUUAUAGCAACCUGUGAGAGAUAGCUUUAGCUUUAGUUAGCUUUGGACAAAUCAGUUUGUCAUUUGAUGAAGUCAUUUGAAGUCUGUCUUCAUGCAACUGGCCCCUGACUCACUUACACACAUGUACAUAAAUACAUAAUGUAGAUAUACAAACUUACACCACCUCUGUCUGUGCUUUCAACCCCAGUUUUUCAGGCGUCCACCCCUCUGAUUUAACUGGGAGGCCAUAGAAGGCGAAGUCUGCCACCGUUACGAAUGGUAUAUGUAUUUAAAGAAUCUGAAGCAGGGCAGAUGUAACAAAUGCAUGCCCCUGAGCCAUUCAGAGAUGAGACAAGAUAGGAAUGGGAAAUGGAAACUCGAUCUCCACGGCAACCCACACAUCACACAACAAGGUUUUUGUAAGUCGGGAGUGUUGAAUUUUAUCACCUCUGUCUGACUAAUUAACAUCGUAUUGAUACUUGUAGCUUACUGGAGCUUCCCUGUGUUCUCAUAGACACAAUCUACACUCACUGCUGCUACACUGAAGUAUGUGGGUGAAGACAUGGGAGGUCCUCAAACACUAACAGUUGGGUAGUAUGCUUCUUGUAUUUUUGUAUUCAGUUUGUCUGCCUCUCUCUCUCUUUCUCUUCCUUUCACUCUCUCUCCUUCCUUUCAUUCUUCCUCUCCCCUCCCUCCCCUGGCUCAUUUGUUGUUUCUGGCUGUUGCUGUGGCGACAGACCCCUCCACUCUCACAGGGUUCUGCUUUUUGUUUGUCAUGGCAACGCAUGUCAGAUUGGAGGUUGCCAUUGGCAACUCAUCCUGACCUGGUGCUGUUAGUACAGCUUUGCGCCUGCACACACACACAUACACACACACACACGUUUUUAUAAUUAUUGUGUGCAUUUCUACAUAAUCCUGUGCUGAGUUGCGUGGAAUCCAGAAUCCUUUUCUGCUUUAGAAGAAUCUAUUAGAGUUGAAAGCAUACUACAGAAUAUAAUAGAAAGACACACACACACACACACACACACACACACACACACACACACACACACACACACACACACAUCAAACAGCCGUUGCUGCGAUGCAGCACCAAUGCCUGAAGAAUUGACUUGGAUAUUAAAAUCCAGCUGUCGUCGCUGGCAUCCUCGCCGUGUCCCAUGCCUCCUCAAUUUACACACACUAAAACACACACUUAUACUCCUUUAAUGCUCUGUCAGCUUGGAUGCUUUUCUAUGCCAUAUUAUGCUAAUGAUAUAUGAGUGAUAUGUAUGUACGCAACGUGCUGCAGACUGAGAGGAGCUUCCUUCCCUUCAGAGGUUGUUGAUGCUGUUGAAACACCUUCUUGCCCCUGACCCCUUUCGUCCCACUCUGUAAGCCUUUACCCCCCUUUGUGAAAGUGAAACUGUGUGAUGGUAUUUGUCUUGGUGGCUGUGGGGUUACGGGGAUGCUUGCUCACUAUGGAAAAGUGUCAAAUCCCAUGGAUGGUGAUGUAAAAAAAAAAAAAAAA